AUGAAAGAGUUGAAGAAGCAAAAACCAUAUUUUGUAAAAGCUGAGGAGGAUUUUCAGUAAAAUGUAAUACUGCCUAAAAUAGAUUAAGAGAAGGCAUUAAUUAACUAGAUCAGAUAGAAAAUGAGGAAGCCUAUGGAUAUGAGUGAAUUCUAGGAGCAUUAGAUCAAAUAUUUGGAGAAGUAGAAGAUGCUGGAAUUAGAGAAGCUUUAAAGCAAGCAAUCAAGAUCCCCUGACUAUAAGAAAUCGCCUUAAAAUCUACAUCAAGGGAAGUACCAUAAAUUACUACAAGAGUUAGAUGAGAAACAGAAGUAUAAAGAGGAGGAACGUCUAGAGAAGUUAAGGAGUUUAAAAUAAAAGUAAGAAAAAUAUGAUAAGUUCGUAAAGGAAUACCAUCCAGCUCAUGUCUCCCCAGGAAAGCAGUUAUAGCUCUAAAGUGUAAUGAGCUAAAUAAAGCAUCCAGUAAGAUAAAAGAAAAGCUCCUACGACAACUAUUUGGCAGAUAUUGUUAUUCGUCAUAAUAGAUCAAGACAAGGAGAUAAAACAAAGUCCAGCAUUCAGUACUCUAAUCUUAGCUCGUUGUAGAAUAUUCCAGAUGAUUAUACUAAGAGACCUAAGCAUAAGGAUUACUUGAGAGAGAUGAUGAAUGAAAGAUAUGCUAAGAGUGCACUUAACUCACCUAUAAAUGAUCGAAGUCCUUCCCCAAAAUUUCCAAGUUAUCAUUUAGAAUUGCAAAAGCAACUUAAAAAGAAAGACCUAACUUCCCAGUAGAAAUAUGAGUUAGUUAAAUUUAAAAGUGAGGCAUUGGAAUAGCGAGCUCAUGAAUUUGAGCACGGAUUCAAGCAGCAGGACUUGACAAUACAGAGUCAAGUCAAUAACUUGUACCUAGACUCUAUUAAGGCCAAGAUGGCUCUAAUUGAAUAGUUAUGA